AUGGCUACACCCGAGACAUCCCCAGUAUCACCCAGAAUGUUUUCUCCUCUCUCUGGCUCCUUUGGCCUCAAGGACCAAAAGCCUGCUGGUUCUCCUUGGAACCCUCUUCAAUGGCCCACUUGGUUUACCUACCAAAAAGGACGCCUUAACUUGCCUAGCCCUGGAAAGUUCGAAAGACUUCAUGGCGAAGUUACCAAAGAGGUCUUCACCACCAAUUACCUUUUUGAUGGUGCUCAAGCCAACAUUGUCAAAGAACUUUCCGGUAACUUUCACGUUCAACAUCAAUUCUCUUUAGGCUCUCAAGUUAUGCCUCCCAUGUACAACUUCAUGUCUGGUUACAUGACUGAAAGAACCAUGUUGCAAGGUACUAUGGAUAACGACACCAACCUCAACGGCGUAUUCAGACAUGCCUGGUCUCCUUACUCUGUUACCAAGGUCGUCGCACAGCUCACCAACAUGCCCGGUCAUUCCAUGCUUCAAGUUGAACAAGAAGUCAACGGAUCAGAUUACUCCAUGACAUUCAAGACCAUGAACCCCAAUCCUUUGGAGUUGACUGGCCUCUACAUGGCCUCUUACCUUCAAUCUGUCUCUCAACGUUUGGUUGUUGGAUCUGAGAUUGUCUUGCAACGUCCUACUCCUGACAUGGAGGAAACAGCCAUGUCUCUUGUUGGUAAAUAUACAGGCAACGAUUAUAUUGCUACUGCACAAUUCCAAGGCGUUGGCGCGAUACAAGCCAGUUAUUAUCAACGCAUUAACGAGAAGGUUGAUUUUGGUGUCGAACUCAAUUUGAUGGUUCAAGGUGGUCGUAGAGAGGCUGUUGCUACUGUUGGUGGUAAAUUUGACUUUAGACAAGCUACUUUCAGAGGUCAAAUCGAUACUACCGGUAGAGUUUCUGCUGUUUUAGAAGAAAAGAUGGCUCCUGGCUUCUCUUUCCUCAUCAGUGGUGAUUUAGAUCAUAUGAAGGGCCAAAGCAAGUUUGGUGUUGGUAUCAUGUUGUCCGCUUAG